UUCAGUUGUUGGGAGCCUUAGCCUAAGGAUACGAGCCGAGCCACACAAAGUGUCCUGUGAGCCGCAGAAGGACGCCUCUGAAGGAAGGAAGACUCCUACGUCACAGAUACAGGCUGGACCCCCGUCCCAAAAGGCCUCAUUUUCCAGACUCUCCAGCUGGUGACCUUUGGUUCUAUAGAGCGUCCCCUCGUACCUGCACCUCUUGCUGACUGAGCGAUGAAGAUUCCUCUGUGGUACCUGCUGGUGCUGCUGGCGAGUCUCUUCCCCCCCGGACGCAGCGACUGCCAGGGGGAAUGUGGGGCCUGCGGUGCGCUCCUGCAGCAGCAAGCCUUUAACACCAUGAUGUGUUUCCUGGAGUGUGAGGGUAGCGUCUCCUCCUCGUUCACCUGGGAGGUGUGUCAACGUGCCAUGAAGCUGUCCCGAGACCCCCCCCUCUCUGGAGGGGGCGCCCUGUUCCAGAGGACAGGAGAGGGGCUGGAGCUGACCUAUCUGGACAUGACCCCUGACAGCGAGCUGCUGCAGUCUGCCGCCGCAGAGCAGGACGAGGAGCCCUUUGAGCAGCGCAGCGUUCCGUAUGACUCAUCGCUGCUGGAAUCCUCCGAGGAAGGGGAGGGCCUGCUCGGCUCGGAUCUCCGUCUGUCAGGCGGCGAGAGGAAGCCGAGGGAGCUGAGGAACGUGGAAGGGUCGAGAGAGGACAAGGCCUUGGAGGCCGUCGCCUUGUCCAAGCGCUUUGGCGGCUUUCAGAGGGGGCGCCACGGAUACAGGAAGCUGAUCGGCCCGCCCAUGAGGCCCCUACAGAAGCGCUACGGCGGGUUCAUCGGCGUCCGGAAAUCGGCCCGCAAGUGGAACAGUCAGAAACGGGUGAACCAGCUGCUAAGGCAGUACCUGGGCAUGAGGAGCAGCCGCAGCGGCAGGGUCAACUACGCCCCUGUGACUCGGGUGUGGAGGCAAAACCAGUUGUAAUGUUUUGUUCCCGUUUUCCCCAGUUACCUCAAUCCAUUACGUUUCCAUCAGCCCACUCACACUUUGAUGAGCAACCUAGUAACCAGGAAUGUUUUUCAGCGUGAUACACAUUUUCAUGCCAUCCUGUGAAAUAAAAGAAUAAGAGAAGUAAAAUCGAAUAUAUAUUUUUGUGUGUCGGCGCGUUGAGGAAAGGGCCAAACCAGGGUUCACUUCCCCAGAGGUGACCCCUGAGGGCGGGACAUUGAAAGAUUAAAACUGAAAAGAAAAUAUCCUCUUUCUAUUGCGUUCUAGUUCUGCACCAUUCAAAUGAUGAGUGUCCCCCCCAAGAAGCAGCAGGCUCUCAGGGGCCCCUCCCGGUGGAGCAACACUGCCCUCUAGUGUCAACUAACAGGUUUCAUCUGGAUACUCAACGUCCUCAACGUCUCCUCUAACUCUUUGGAUUUCUUUGCUAUUGAACUGAAAUGAAAACCAACAUAAGAGGUCAGACACACUUGAUUUAUUUAAGAAAAGUAUUAUCCCUCAAUCUGACCGUGUUACUGGUGUCCGUUUACCAGCCAACGAUCAACUCUCCAAACAUGAUUUCGGGGGAAAGGGGGUGAACUUUAAAGCUUCACCCCUUUUUCAAGCCUCCAAUUGUACCUUUUUUUCGUUGGACCCUUCCAUUCACAAAGUAAAUAGCUGAAACACUCUUCCUCCUACUUCUUAAAAAAAGUAACCAAAUUAGUCAAGUUAAUUGAACUAUAUAGACAACUAGGGCGUAGUGGACGAAUUGACUCUUUGCUAAGUCCCGCCCUCAAACGCAGACUGUCCAAUCAUUGCCUAUUGUGGUUUCAAACGUUUGUGUGGUAGAGACAGCUGUUCCUGUGUGUUAGAAGCAACACUGAAUCUACAGGAAUGUGUUGUUCUGUCGGGCUCUCCGGGUGAUGUGGAGGUAUCUUCAUCUUUGGGGAAUCGGGUUGACAUCCUGGGUGUCUCCCUCUAACACGUGAUGGUCACCUUUCUUUUAGCUUCGCUCUGAAGUCCUCCGUUUUUAGUUUGUGAAGGUCCAUGGUGACCCACAUGACGGGGGCGGGGCUUAGCAAAGACAGUUAUGGUUCAGGUCAUUCACCUCGAUUUAACCCAUAAUAUGUGAUAAUAACGUUUUACUGCAGCCUGUCAAAGAUUCCACAUAUGAGGAUUAUAAAAACGUUCUCCUUCGAUUUAGAAAUGAAGUAUCAAGUGUGAAGUCAUGAGCAGUCAUGUGGCUGUAGUCCAAUUGCACAGAAGAGCAUGGCGCUGGACGUGUACCGGUCAAGGCGACCCCCCGACCUUCUGCUUAGGAACAACCUUUUAAUCGGUGUUGCUCAUCAACACAUUUUCCUUCACUUGCAGGUCGUAAUCCUUCUCUUCCAUCUUAAUAGUGUUAUUAGUGGUUCAUUUAUGAUGUAUAAUAAUGUUGGGUUUGAGUGCGUGGGUGAUUGUAGUGUGACUGUGCACGUGCAUGUGUGCGUUUCUUUGGAAUUUGUGAAUACAGUGUAAAUUUCAGACUCCAUUUCUAACAUGACACCAUUGUUCUGAGUCUUCAUACAAAAUGUGUAUAGAAAAGAAACGACAAUAAAACAGUUUGCUAUUU